CUGCAUAGCUGGGGUGUGAGCAAACUCGACUCGACUGUUGAUUGAAAUUUAAGGUCAUUCCUCGAACGGUGUUGGUAAAAAGAUAAGGUUAUGUUUGUGAUUUUGCAGAUUAGUCGUAAAAAUACAUAGGUUUAAAUUCGUGUUUUAUAAAUCCACUAUUACACUGUUAAUAUUAGCUGAAUUACUAUUUUCGAAACAAAUAAUUUUCCAAAAUGGCCAGUGGAAGAGUGGGCGAUUUGAGUGAAGAACAAUUAAAUGCGCUUGAUAGUUUUCGUUCUUCAAUGGAAGAUAUUUUAAGACCAGAGCAUGAUGAUUACUUCUGUCUAAGGUGGCUUAGAGCCAGAAAAUUCAAUUCAACUGAUGCAGUUCAGAUGCUUCGUACUAGUUUGCAGUGGCGAAAACAGAUUGGAGCUGAAUCAUUAAUUGAUGACUACGAACCACAUGAGGUAUUGAAAAAGUACUUUCCUGGUGGAUUAGUUGGACAUGAUAAAGAAGGCUGUCCUGUAUGGAUUAUACCUUUUGGUCACAUGGAUAUCAAAGGAAUGUUUUAUUCUGUUAAGAAAUCUGAAUUUAUAAAAUAUGUUGUUAAGCUCAUGGAGAUAAGUGAACAAGAUAUGAAAGAUCAAACUGAAGAACUUGGGAAGAAAAUUGAGACACAUAGUGUUAUAUUUGAUAUGGAUAAUUUCACGAUGAAACAGAUUGCAUGGAAACCAGCUGUUGAUAUGAUAACUCAGCUCGUAAAAGUCUUUGAAGAUAAUUAUCCAGAACGUUUAAAGAAAGCUUAUGUUAUCAAUGCACCUGCUUUUUUCCAUAUGGCUUAUGCAAUGAUAAAACCAUUCCUGAGUGAAGAAACGGCUAAAAAAAUACAUGUAUAUGUUAAAGAAACAUGGAAAAGUGCUGUUUUUGAAGAUAUUGAUCCAAGUGAGCUGCCUUCUCAAUGGGGAGGAACUAAACCUGACCCUGAAGAUCGACCAUUGGUCAAUAUGGGUGGUCAAGUCCCAUGUUCAUAUUAUACUGCUCCUAGUCGACGUUUAUCCACAGAUACAGAUUUGACUAAGAUUACAGUUGACAAGAAGUCUGUUUAUCCUGUUGAAUUGACAGUAACUGAAGUUGGCUCCACAUUACAAUGGGAAUUUCAAACUGAAAAUUAUGAUAUAGGAUUCAGUGUUUGGUUCAGACCUGAAGGUGGGAUUGCAGAAGAGUUAGUACCUUUGCAACGAGUAAACUGCCAUUUGGUACCUGAAGAUGGCAUGCUUGUUUGUGACAAACCAGGAAAAUAUAUACUGAAGUUUGAUAAUUCAUUUAGUUGGUGUCGCAGCAAGCAUAUUCUAUACCAAGUCCAAGUUAUCCCUCCAAAUAACAGCAAGAAUAUGAGCUAUCAGUAAACAGAAUACUUUAUCAUUGUAUUUGAAUUUUUGUUGCCUCUAAUUAUUGUAUAUUAAUAUAUGUUAUUGUUAUUGGGCAUGUUCCAACGUUGUAGUUCCUGCACUUAUAUGAUGAGAUUUAGGUGCCUUGUGUAUUUAUCAGUGAGAGUAACAGUUGUAUUUUAACAGUUUUUCUGUUACAAAUUUAAUUUAAUUCAAAUCUGAAAUUAUGUCAGUAUUUAAAUUUUAUAUUCUUUUUCAAAUUUGUUAUGUAUUAACUAUAGUAUCUUGGGAGAAAAUUAACUUUGUUGAAUAUUAUAUCAUUUUUAGAGGCAACUUCAGUGAAAAUAAAAUUUCAAUUUUAGUUUGAAGUAAGCUUUACAGUGAUAUAUUUAUUAACUGGAAAAAACUUCUAUAUUAUUUUUAGCAAAUAGCUGGAGUUUUGUAUAGAUGCUUACAAAAUGUUUAAAGGAAGAUUUAGAACUGAAUUCUAAAUCAGAGGUAGAAGUAAAAUGAGACAAAAUAUAUAUUAUGCCAAAUUUAGAUUGGUAGUCAUUUCAAAACUCAUUUAUACCUGUUUUUAUUCUUCUCCUUGUGAUGCCUAUUAUAAAUAAAUCUUACAAAUAUGUGUUUUGAGCUGCUGUUUUAACUCAAGAAAAAAUUUUAAAAAUUGUUAAUUUAAAUGUAUGGUGGUUGUAAGUGUAUAGUAGGCAGUAAAAGCUAAUGUUGCUGUUUGGCACGAAUUUGAGAUUGAUCAAAAUGUAAAAGAAGGCAUAUCUUUGAGUGCACUUAAUACUGUUCUGUUUAUAAUGUUGUAUGGAUUAUUACUGGUUUUAAUAUAUGUAAAUUAGGAAACAUUUUAAAAUUUUUUUCCAACAGUAAGUAUUUUAAUCACUUAGCCAUUGUUAGUAUAUACUUAAUGAAUAGUGACUAUAAUUAAAAAUUAUUAAUAGUAAUUUUAAAUUUAUUUACCUAUUGUUGGUCAUUCUCCUUUGUAAAUAUUUAGAUUAAAUAUAUUAAAAUAAUGUUGUAUUUAAUUUUCUUUGAGAGCAUGUCUUUAGAUUAAACCUUUUUCCCUUAUAUACUUCAAAAUUUUUCUGGUUUGUAAUAUGCACAUUUUUCUUUUAAUGUAAAAAUGUGCUUAUAUUGGCAAAGCAUAUAUGAAAAUGAGAACUUAAGUUUAGAAAUCAUUUCUUCAGUAAUAAAAAAUAAAGUGGAUUUUUCUGAAUUGUCCUAAGUGUAAUAAAGACUUAAAAAAUGUCUGAGUGUUAGAUAAAAGAUCUUAAUGUGGUCAUUUUGUCGGUGUAAUUAGAACAGUUUUGCAGUAUAUUAUGUGCUUUGCUGAAUGUGUCUUCGUUGUGUGUGUAAAUCAUCUCAAACUGUGCCAAAGUUAUCAAAAUAAGUGUAUAAACUUUAACUGCAUCAUUUAAAUUUAAAAUUCUACACUAUUUUUCACUAGUAUUAGAUUAUUCAUAUCAAAAUGAUUUUUGUAAUGGGUUUUUAAUGAAUGCUGGAAACCUUUUUCAUCCUUUUAUAUGUUCUGUCUGAAUACAGAUUGCCUUUUCAAAACUGUUUUUUUUUGGGGGGGGCAAUAAUCUUACUUGCAGUAAUUACAAAAAGGAAGGUAGAUGAAUGCUAGGGCUAUUUCAGAAAGUUUUUAUCAUGUUCACUAGUUCUUAAUUAAAUUUCUUAAAUCGAUAAUGUAAAUAAUAAGACAUUAAAAAACUUUGAAUAGAUAUUCUUAUGCAAAAACUUGAUUGCUUUUUAAACAUGCAUUACUCAAUAAAUAAAUAAACUGGGGAUAUAUUUGAAAAAUGUUUUAAAAAUUAAAUAUACAUGAAACAUUAGUCUUUAGUUAUUUUCCUUCAUUUCUGUCAACUAUUUUGGGAAAUGUAACAAUUUUUUAAAAAAGUUGAAUAUUGAAUAUUUUAUAUAAAAUAAUAAUCAGGAGAAAUUGAUUUUGAUUGCUUUAAAACCUAUUAUUAAAAUGUGUAAAAAUCGUUUUAUCAGUUUAUUUUUCUCAUUGGAUAAACGGAUAUAUGAUUUAAUUUUAUUAAAGAUGUAUAAAAUUCUGAACUAUUAUCUUAAGUCAGGGAUACUGUAUAUGAAAUGUUAAUUUUAGAGGAUAAUAUUUUUUUUUUUUUUUUUUUUUUUUUUACUAUAGUUAUUUGCCCGAGUGCAGAUUUUCAUUUAGAAUCAAACUUUUGAUAUUAAUAUUAGAACAGUUUUGCAGUAUAUUAUGUUUCGCAUUAAUUGAAACUCAAUAUCAAUUAACCAAAAAUAUUUUUUUAAAGAGAAAACUAUGGCAUUUUAAAUUGUUUUAACUAUGUACACAUAUUAAAUUCCAGUAAUUCAGUGAUCACCCUAACAGUAAAUAGUGUAGAACAUUGAUAACUUAUUAGAGAAAAAAAAGGAAUGAAAAUGGCAGUCUCAUUUUUGUUAAGUAAUAUAUUCUAAAUUUAUGAAGUAUUACAAAAUAUUAUUUAGUUAAAUGCAUAUUCUUGAGUUUAGACUUUUCAUAAUUUGCACUAUAUAAAGAUUAUUUAUUAGCUGGAAGAGAAUUAUAACCUCUUAAUUAAUUCAACUAUGUUAACUUAGGUACAUGGAAUUAAAUUAUUUCCACGCACUUGAGUAAAUAACUUUUUCAAGAUCCCCCCCUCCAACUACAGUUCUGAGUUAAGGACUAAAAAAAAUUGCUGAAAAAUACUACUCUGAAUUUUUAUUGGUGCAUGAAGGGGUUAAGUAGAUAUCCACUGCACAUUAAAAUUGUUGUGUUGUGUCCAUAUUGUAUGGGAGAAUGGUUCCCAGAGUCUACUUCCAAAGAGAGGUUGGACUUAUAUAUAUUAAAAAUGUCAUAAGUAGUUUAAAAGAAUGUCUGCAAUUUGUAUUAAUCCACUUUCGGGUGAGGAAAAUUUAAAAUGAGAAAACAUAUUUUGAUUUUGCAUUUAUGUAUAUAAAUAUAAUAAUUCACUUAUACUAAGUAUGAAACUCUGUAUUCUCAAAUCAUUUCCAGCACUUUUAAGUUUCAAAGAGUAAUUUUUUUUUUUUUUUUUUUUUUUUUUUUUUAGUCUUUAUCUGGUAAUACUAGACACCUAAUCAUAUGCAUCCAUAUGGUUAACAGGAAAUAUUUAUAUAUGAAGUUAUGUACUAAUAUGCAAAUAAUGUAUUGGAAGAAGGGGGAAGGGGCCUUAGAAUGUAAUUUAUUGUUAUUUUCCAAGGUGAUUUCUGAUUGUUUAUGAAUGUACUUCCAUAUACUAAGAUAUUAUUCUUGGUGUAACUUACAAAAAUUUGCAUAAUAUAGAUAUAUAUUGUAUAUGUGGCACUUUCAUUAAUUCUUCGGUGUCUCAAAUCUUGAACUGAGCAAUAUUAAAUGAAAAUAUAUACAUACUGUGCUAGUGUAAGAAUGUUGUUGUGCACAUUUACACAUGUAAAGUACAUUCAGUGUUAUGUUUAUACAUCUACAACUAGGUAUUCUUUGACUUAGUGUUUUUAAAAUUUUUAUUAUCAACUUGUAAUUGUGUCUGUGCAGUGAAAAUGGAAUUUUGUUAAUUACUCUUAUAAAUAACGUCAUUUUUCUUAAGCAGAAAUAUAUUAGUUUUACUUCCUAAUUUUUAUGUUUCAUGAUUAUAUUAAAAUUAUAUGAAUGUGUUUUCAUUAUAGAAUUUUCUAAUAAAAUGUGUCACAUUAUUGCAGUAUACAGUUUACUGCAGUUAAAACAUCUUAAUUAGAAAAUAACAGCCAUUAUUAUUGAAAGUAGACUUAUUUAGUUUACUGUAAAAUUAAUGGUAUUUAAUUUGCAUAAAAAUUAAAAUUCUAUGACUGAUAUAAAAAAGGAUAUUACAAAAUAAUAGGGACAUUAUUUUAAAAAAUUUAAAUAUCUAUCAAACAUUAGUCCUCAUUCCCCGCCCUCCCCCCCAAUUUCUAUUAGAUAUAUUUCUGUGGGGAUGUUUAAAAAGCUCUUCUUUUUAAUUAUAUUCCUGUGCUUUAUUAUUAUACCAUUCUAAAUUUGGGUUUUUGUUUUAAAAAACCUAUUUUCAAAACAUGUGAAAUUGUUUGAUCAGUUUAUUUUUCUCAUUGGAUAAAUAAAUAUAUAAUUUAAUUGUAUUAAACAUGUAAAAUUCCAGACUAUUACCUUAAUGUAAAUGGGGGAAGAGCACUUUUCCUAUGAAAUAUUAAAUUCAUUUGUUUGAGUCAAGAUUUUAGUUUUAGAGUGCCUUACUUUUCUUUUAAUUACUCAUUACUUUCAAUGAUAAUAACUGAUGAACAUUCUAAUGCAUGAAUUAUCUUGACACUGAUGUUUUGAUUCCAUAUUGGAAUAACAUCUCAUUUGUAUGCUUCUGGAUUAUAACAAACAACUUAAUAAUUAACAAAGAAUAAAAAUGUAAAAGCUUUUUUUUUUUUUAACUUUGAAUUACAUACAGUCAACUCUCAAUCAACUAAGCUACAAGUAUAGUACGGGAAGGAGUAAUGUAUGGUUAACAGCAAUGAUUGAUACCGUUAUAGCAUUUUGGGAGUGCGUUUUAGUUACAACAAUACGUAAUUUGCACAUAAUCCAGAAUAAAAAACUUAAGUAUUAAAAGUAAGAUGCUCAGUUUUUAAAAUAAAUUGAAUGUGUCUUAUGUCUCGUAUUAAACCCUAUCCAAGUAAAGAAUACAGUAAAAAUGAAUAGCAAGUGCACUAUGAAAUUAAUGGUUAUUCUUGAGAGAGUUAGAAAUUUUGAUUAGUGAUUUAGUUCGUCAUCUUUUAUGUGUAGUUAAAGUAACUACCUCCAGAUUGUGAUUUAAGUUAACCGACAUUGUUUCCAGUAUUAUUACCACAGUUAAUCGGGAGUUGACUGUAAUUCAUUUAAAAAGCUUUAUAUAACUUUUUUUUUUUUUUUAAUUUUAAAAAGAUCUAGUUUUUGGAAUCAUACUUUCAUCACGAAUGUGUUUAAUAUUUUAUCUCAGAAGAAACACCCUCUCUGUAACCCUUUUGAACUACUGUCAUGCAGACAGACAAAUUAAUAUUGAACUUCUCAUGUACUCACUACAUAUGCAAAAGUAGUCUUUCCAUUUUAGAAAAGCACACAAGUUGAAGCUCCUACAAACAGUGCUGGUGCCAUUUACUUCUUUUACAAAAAUAUGUAUUUAUAUUUUUAAAGGUUUUGAUUUUUGUAUUUACAAAAUUGUAAAAAGUUUGUUAUUAUAUGUGUAAUAAAAUUUUUAAUUUCAAUAGCCAAUGUAACAUUUGCAGUCAUGUUUAAAACUUACUACAUUUGCACUCAGUAUUGACAGAUUUCCUUUCAUUAUUUGUUAUAAAUGUGAUUCAAGAAGUACCAACAAUGUUUUAAUAGAAUUAUGUAAUUAAAAAGCUAUUUUGCUACAUAAAUUCUCAAUUUACUUUAGAAAUUAGGAUGAAAAAAUGCAAACUUUUGAAAUUUUCAUCACUUCUUAAUUACAAAAAUAAUGCUGAUGUUAUUUACAUGCAAAUUAAUGCACAAAUUAAGUUAUGAAAAAAUAAUCAAAAUACAAUUGAUAAUUUCAAUAUGCAAAACUGUUAAUUUAAAUUUGCAAGAAAGCAAAAGUAAUAUUGGGUUUUUCGUAUUGAAAUUAUAUAAUUUUCUGUCGUGUGUGUCAUACUUUAAAUAACAAUGUUAAAAUAUUUGAAAUAUUCAUAUGGUAAAGCAUUUUUUAGAAAUUAAUAUUUGCUCAUUAGAGUGAAUAAACAGAUAUACAAAUAAUGGCAUAUACCAUUUAACACAUUUCAAAAUCAGAAAAAUACUUGGCACCAGUUCUGCUAAUAGUGUGCCACAAAUAUCCUGGAGAAUAUAUCUACAGGAGCUUGCAUCACCUCCAGUGAUAAAUAACAACGAAUAUUAUUCUACAUUUCUAAGACUUUAAAUAUUGCAGUAUUUCAUUAUAUAUAACUGUGAUGAUAUACAUAUAUAUUAUAUACAUACAUCUCUAUGUAAAAAUAUGUGUUUAAACUAUUAAUCUAUAGUAACUAAGCCUUGUAUAAAUAUUUCAGAUAGAACUUUAUAAAAUUGUUUCUUGUUGCAUUGUUUGGAAGAUUUCUGUAAUUGCUGUCAUUCUUGUUAUGCCAUGGGUGAUGUGUGGUUAUAAGCAAUAAAUUCUUCCAAAAAAUAA